AUGGCCAAACUCCUCUUGAUCGAGGAGGAAUGGGCGGCGAAACACAAGAGCCGUGCUGAUCCGGACUCGUCAUUUGGGUCUAGAAGCAACGGCCGUGGCCGCUACGUCAAGAAAGACAGGUCUGGGGCACGCGCCGGCGGUGAAGGGCGUGACUCCGGUACAAAACUCACGUCGAUGGGUACACCACGACGGAAGGGAAGGUGUCGUAAGUGUAACAUCUAUGGGCACUUCGUGAAGGAGUGCAAGACGAAGCCACAAGGUGAGGAGCGGCAGGAAGCUGCACACCAUGCGAAUGCUGAUCAAGAAGGCGCCCUGCUGGAACACGUGUUCCCGACGGAAUAUAACGAAGGCACAUGGGUACUUGACAUGGGCGCCAUGAAUCAUAUGACUGGGUGUCGUGCCUUGAUGGCAACUCUGGACGAGUCGGUUCGGGGUGCAGUGAGAUUCGGUGACGGAUCGACGAUGGAGAUUCACGACAUUGGAGCUGUAGCCAUUGCCGAAAAGAACAACGAUCAUCGGGUGCUCACGGAGGUAUAUUUCAUCCCAUCCCUAAAGUGCAAUAUUAUUAGUCAUGGUCAACUUGAAGAAGGGGGGUGUCGUGUCGAGGUGGACCAUGGUGUCAUGACGGUGUUUGAGAGACGCCAGGUUGAUGGCAACAAGCUCAGUGUGUUGAUCCGUGCUGAGAGGAAGAAUAGGUUGUACAUCAUGAGGCUGAACCUGUCAGGGCCAGUUGCCGAUUCUAAAAAUGGAGCCACUGAACCAACUUCGCCUGCAGCUUCAAUUCCAUUAGGUGGAGGAGCGUCUACGGCAUCACCAUACACGCCUAGAUCAUCUGUGGGAUCAAUACCGCAAAUACAGUGGGCUACACCACCGUCAGAUGCAUCUGAAGGAACAGAUGAAGCACCGAGGAGAUACAGGACUUUACCUAACCUGUUCGACAGUACUGAUGAGGUUUAG